UCAAGACAAACUCGCUUGCACCGGAAGUGUCCACGCGCUUUUAUUUUGAAAUUUUUGCGUGCGUUUCUCGUGCCGCCCGCGUGGAGCUGCUCGCGUCACCCCAGGUGAAAGACUUCACCCCACAGAGAGGAAGGCCAUUCGAGUUUCUGCAUUUUCAGACACGUUUCGCCAUUGGAUUAAAUGGAAUGCAGCUGCUUGAGCUCUUCAAUUGCGCCAAAGAUCAUGGAAUAGUGGAGGAAGAUUGAGCAGGGCAAUGGCAGCCGAAGCCUCACAAAACAUGGUCCUUCGCAUCAUUGAGAUGGACCGUGUAAGAAAAGUAAAACUCAGCUCUUGGCCAGCUUCUGUUGAUGCACUGAUUCAGAUUUUAAAAGAACAAUUGGAAUUGGAUGCUGACUUCAGAUUGCAGUACGAAGAUCCAGACUUUGAUGGAAAACUUACUUCCUUGGUUGACAUUGAGGAAUACUGAAUUUGAGAAGACUGGAAGACCUCUUAAGUUGUCAAGAGACCAAAAGCACGAUAUUUUAGAAAAACUUGCAUCUGCUAUAUACGGUUUCAAGGCUUACCCAAGUGAUAAAGCGAUAGCAAUGGUAGCGGAGGUUCUUGUGCCUUCUCACUCCAACAUUAAAAGACCUAAGCGUGCAGAAGUCAACUUUCUGCCCAACUUUCCCCAAGGAGAGGAUCCCUCAAGCCUUGAACAUCUGAGGCAGGUAAUUGUUGAAAAAGUAAAGAAGACAGAGAGAAACCUACCUCUCAUUAGUAAGAUGAUGCAGACCACGUUUGCCUUGCGGCGAAAGACUAUAGUGAUGUCCUGCCCACCAGUCAAACAGCUAAUGGACUCUGGCCUGCUCUUCAGAUGCAGUCUGAGGUAUGUGCAGAGUCCCAACACAUAACAAACCAGAACCUGCCUAAUACAUUCUACGCAGAGCUUUAUCUUCAUCAAACUCCACGUUUGAUGACCUUAUUCAGACAGAAGGCGUCCAAAACUGGAAAGAUUACAGAUGCUUUGGCUGGCCUUUUCAAGGUGCACAAUGAACAGGAAACAAAACAGGAAUCUUCUUUCGUUAACGACUACCUGCAGCUUUGACAUGAAGUGCUCAUCUGUUGCUGUAAUCCUGAUCCUCAACACCUUCUGUGCCUUCUCACAAGUUCACCAUGAAAUGACAUAUGUUGCGGGCUGCUUUGUGAAUGGCUCGGCUGAAAUAUUGUUUGCGUUUGAUGGUGAAGAGAUGUUAUAUGCUGAUUUCCCGAAAAAGGAAAUUGUGUACACUGUGCCACGUUUUAUUGACCCGGAUCCAGGUCAAGUUUUGGUGGGUUUGAACCUCCUAAAAGAUGCUUUGGCUAACAAGGAAAGAUGUCUGGCAUUAACAGCCCUUUAUGCUGCGGAAGAAAAACAUCCACAAGAAGAAAAAGACCCUCCUGAGGCUAUCCUCUUCCCCUCUGAAGACGUUAAGCUGGGAGUUGAAAACACACUCAUCUGCUUAGUAAAUAAUUUCUACCCACCUUCAAUCAAAGUCAGCUGGACCAAAAAUGACCAGCCAAUUUCAGAGGGGACGUCACUCAGUCGAUAUUACCCCAAUGACGAUCAAACCUUCCGCCAGUUCUCAACUCUGACGUUCACGCCGAGCGAGGGCGACAUUUACAGCUGUACUGUGGAGCACUCAGCGCUGGAGACGCCCAAAACAAGUAUCUGGGAUGUAGAAACCAUCAGAAGCGAUCAUCAAAAUCUAGGACCAUAUAUUUUCUGUGGAGUGGGCCUGAGUCUGGGCCUGUUGGGAUUUGCAACAGGAAUAUUUUUCAUUGUCAAAGGACACCAUCAAUAAUUGUUAUGUUGGCGAAAUCUAUUCAAACGAAAGAUCCCUAAUGGUGGAAUAUACAGUAUAUUGUAUUUACCUUUUUUCACUUACUAGCAUUUACAAGUAUUCUGCCUCUAGCUAAUGAUAUUAAUGGGUAACUGUAUGCAGAUAAAAUCACAUUAAAGACAAUAUGUUGGAUUUUAUCUUAUUAGGUAUUGUGAUGAUUGCAAGAAAUGUUAAAAUAUAAAACUAGCUAUGUAACAGAAAAUGAGAAAGAAUGCUACUACUGUAUGUAUUUGAAUAAAUCAGUGAAACAUUGUACAUUUUAUUGAAAUACAUUCAUCUUACUGCAAAUCACUGUAGAGGAUCUGAAUAACAUUCACCCAUUACAUCCUGGUGACAUAUGCCCAGAUAAGUGACGUACACACACCCGGUCAGCCAGACCACAUCACCUUCCUCCAUUACUCUGCGGUACAGCUUCGACACCUUUGGCAGGAAACAGGGAUUAGCAUGAUCACCCUGAUGAUUUGUGGCUACACUGCCCAAAGGUAAGACACACUGUGUGUUCUGAGACCUUUCCACCAGAACCCCCAUUAAUUUCUUCAGGAAUUUGAGCUAUGCAUUAGCCAGCCUUCACUCCCCAUAAGGGUCAGUGAGUCUUGGCCGCUCUAUCACCAGUUCACCGCUUUUCCUUCCUUGUACCACUUUUAAUAGGUACUGAUCACUGAAGAUCAGGAACGUCCCACAACAUCUGCAUUUUCACCGUGUCUUUGCCAUUCCUGUCAAAAAAUAUGAUGAGUGUCAUGAUGAGUUAGGGGCAUAUGGUAUAUUUUAUUGACUGAUCAUUCUCAUAAGUUUAUUUGUACUUUGUACUUUUCAUUUUAUUGUAUUUAAUCACAUUUUAUGGGUGGCACAGUGACGCAGUGGUUAGCACUGAUCAGGACUGGAAUUUUGUCAUUUUAGGGGCAAGGACACUUGGCCUUUUGUGUUGUCAAUUUUUUGAGGGCACAAACACCAAAAGCCAUAAAAUAAAACAAUGAUUGUAAGUUCACAUCAUAAUGAAUUUAAUUUAAGGACUAAUGACACUUCUGAGGAAGACUGGAGUCUCCCCUCCUAUCUAGCAGGUAAAGAACACUGAAAAUAUCUAAUCUUUUCAAUCCAUCACUCACUUCAAAAAACUGUAAAACAUAUUAAACUCACUUCAAAAACUGUAAAGCAUAUUAAACCAAAGCCAUUUCAAGAAGCUGGCUGAGAGCUGACCCGCCUAGACUGAACCACUGGCUGGACAUUGUAGAAGAAAUUUGAUCAAUGGAACAAAUAACCUACAGUCUUAGAAUCAAAACAGAGCUGUAUGCCGUAAGAUGGACAAAAUGACAUCUUUAUGUGACAAAGUAGUGUUUGCCCCCCUUGUGUGUGUUUUUGUAUUUUUGUAUCUGUUUUUAUUGAUUGAAAAAAAUAAAAAAUUAA